AAUCGGGAAAGGAACGAAGUCAUCAGGUCGUGAGAAUAUUUCUCUCAUUUUGAAACUAAAACUAUCUUAACUUUAUUUACUUUGUCAAAUGGCAUGGAGGAGGACUAUCUAGACUGGUUGUUGUUAACCUGACUGUUAACCAGUCAUAAUUUGGAACAGGAAUUAUUAGUCAGUCAGCAGUGUUUGACUUGAAAUUGAAUGGGCUGAGAUUUGGUCUAAUCAAAUGAAAAACUGUGAGGAGUAUGUGGCAACGUUGACCUUAGUUUUUGGUCCAUAUGAAUUACUAGCCAGUCAACCAGUAAUCAUAUAAUCCUGAUUAAUUCACCUUAUUAUCAAGUAUGUAGACGGAGCUUCCACGUUCAGUUGUCUUCAGGUUCCAUUCAUUAUGAAGUAGUUGGAUUGGAACACAGAUAAAGCAAGAUGCCUAUUACCGAUUUUAUCGGAUCUUUAUUUAACGACAAUCCAUAUUUUGGUGCUGGAUUUGGAUUGGUUGGAAUUGGCUUUGCAGCAAAGUUCAUGAAACAAGGGAGUCAGUAUGGAAUGAUCAUGUUUCGAAGACAUUGUAUGAUAACGUUGGAAGUUCCGAAAAUAGACAAGAGUUAUAAUUGGUUAUUAAACUGGAUAUCUCUUCACGGAACGCGGACAAAACAUUUGAGUGUGCAAACGUCAUUCCAUCAGUCUGAAACGGGUAAAAUAAAUACCAAUUUUGACUUUGUGCCAAGUCCUGGCAGCCAUUUUUUCCGUUAUAGAAACACGUGGAUUCGCGUGGAAAGAAGUCGUGAAAAACAAAUGGUAGAUCUACAGUCGGGUACUCCGUGGGAAACGAUAACCUUGACUGCCAUUAGUCGAAACAGACAAUUAUUCUUUGACCUCCUGGAUCAAGCAAGAAUUAUAGCGUUACAAAGAGAAGAAGGAAAAACUGUUAUGUAUACAACGGUGGGUGCUGAUUGGAGACCUUCUGGUCUUCCGAGAAGAAAACGACCAAUCAGCUCCGUUAUUCUUGACCAAGGAAAAGCAGACGCUAUUUUAACAGAUGUCCAAGAGUUUAUUGCUAAUCAACAGUGGUAUAUUGAGAGGGGAAUACCCUAUAGGAGGGGUUAUUUAUUACAUGGUCCUCCUGGUUGUGGUAAAAGUAGUUACAUCAAGGCUUUGGCAGGUGCUCUAGACUACAGUAUCUGUCUGUUAAAUUUAAGCAAGGGAGGAUUAUCAGAUGAUAGAUUAAAUUAUCUAAUAACAGAAGCACCAGAACAAAGUAUUAUUUUAUUAGAAGAUGUUGAUGCUGCCUUUGUUAGUCGAGAUCUUGAGAAAGAAAAUCCUAUAGCUUAUCAAGGUAUGGGACGACUAACAUUCAGUGGUUUAUUAAAUGCUUUGGAUGGUGUAGCCUCUGCAGAAGCUAGAAUUAUUUUUAUGACAACUAAUUAUUUAGACAGAUUAGAUCCUGCUUUAAUUCGACCAGGUAGAGUAGAUGUUAAAGAACUGAUAGAUUAUGCCACAGAAUACCAGCUACAACAGAUGUUUCAAAGAUUUUAUCCUGAUCAAACAGAAGCAACAUCACAGGAAUUUGCCCAGAAAGUUAAAAGCCAUGGGAAAAAUGUCAGCAUUGCCCAAGUUCAAGGUUUAUUUAUGAUGCAUAAAAACAGUCCACAAGAUGUCUUAGCCAACACACAUCAAAUAUGGACAUCGUAGCAGUGAUAUAAUUCUCGUAGGAAGUAUUAAAGAGUUAAAUUAUAGCUGUUCAAUGUAUAUUUAAUUAUUAUUCAGAGGUGUGUGUAAAUGUGAUACUAUAGAAAGAAUUAGAUAGAAUUUUAUACUGACAUAAAAUAUUUAAAUAUCUACCCAAUUAAUGAGUUAAAGGAUUUUUGUUAAACAACGAAACCACUGUAGAUUUUGUUGUAUUUAUGGUUAAUGAUAUUUGACAAAAUGUCAUGUUAAAUGAAAAUAUUUUGAAAAUGUUGUUUUAGUGGUUUAUUAAAAGUUUGUGUCAGUGUUAUUUUCAACAAUAUGAUAUACAGGUAGAAUACCAAGUUUUGGGGAGAGGGGAGUUUAACGCCCACUCGACAUAAACUAUGUCAUUUCAGGACUAA